AUGAAUCAAUCCGGAGCAUUUUCCACCGAAGCUGUAUCCAAUAUUCACGGUGCUUAAUAUAACUCGAGGUGGCGGAACUCGUUGGUUUCGCACCAGUAAAAGACGGUGGUGGGACCCGGGCUACCAAUCCUGGAUCAGAAGUUACAAGGGAAGGUGUAAUGCGAACUGGUGGGGGUUUCACACGGUUCCUGGAGGAAUUUCGGGAUCAUCGUUGUAUCGUGAAUCCUGCGUUGAGUGAUCUAGUCGAAGAUUGGACGCAAAGUGGCACGUGUUGUGAAUCAUCUUCUGUGAACACCGAUAAAAUGCCACAGGCAGCCCACGAAACGAAAAACAUCUUAACUACGUACUUUAUACUGAUCCUCUUGCUAAUUUGCCUUUGGCUGUUGUACUCAGGAUUGAGUAAAGUGAGAAGGAAUGACGGAGGGAAUGACGCACGUACGUCGACAACCAGAUACCCUCGAUCGAUCCACGAUUACCCAGGAUACGCCAGAUGCCAGUUUCUCCUUCGUCAAAUUAACAACCACUUCCUCUCCGCGUCGCAUUCGCGUAAAAUCCACUUCAAAAUGAACGAAACAAGUGUAAUCCAUUUAAACUGUUUCAACGUUCUCCAUGAGUUUCACGUUCGUCCACCCUUUCCCUCCACGAUUUUAUGUAUUUCUCGAGCACGAUAACCAGACGUCAAGAGAUAGUCCUAUUUCUAAUAAAAGGAGUCACCAAAAUAACGUAGUUUCAUCAGAAACAGGGGCGUGACUGUACCGAGUAGGAUGAUCAAAGAGUACCCAUGUACAUUUCUGUCGUAAAUUUGAAAAAUUACACCGCGCAGAAACGACCUAUCGAGGCUGGUUAGAAACGUGGAAGCGUGUUUGUUCGACGACGACUCAAUCUUUGCGUGUAGACGUCGAAAAUCAAAUAAAAGAAAUCGAAAACAGCAAAUGUUCGCGGCGAAGAUAGGGGGAACAUCUCGGGAUGUACAGUCGGUGGUUAAGAAAUACGUGGGUGUUUAGUCGAAAAUAGCGACCGACGAUUCCAGAUCUUUUCGUCGGUACACUUACGACCGGACGUAUACAGAACUAAAUCAGUAUUUUCGAUAGCACUUCCGAAAAUAGACGAUAUGAACACAUCUGCUCUCUCCUGAAUAUUUCUACGGUAUAAACGCAAGAGGACGGCGAUGCCGACGAUUUUCCACGGUUAUUACGUAACUUUCCGUCGUGGAUCGUAUUACCGAUUCUACCUUCGAUUUCGAGCGUCUUGAAUAUUUUUACUUAUAAAUAGAAUCCCGCCAUGAGGAACCGUUCUUCCCUUACGACGAAGCGUAUUCGAUUUCUUUUCUUGUUUUCCUCCGCUGCGCGCCAUCGAACAAACGUACAUUUUCUCAUCUGUCGUCAUAUAAUUUCACAGAGAAAUAUUCCAUGGCCGAUCUAGAUCGCUUUGGAAAAUCGUCUUUACCGUGUUACGCGACGAAAAUGAAUCACGCCGGUGAGACAGCGGGGGAAGCGUGACUUCCGCUUUCGACACAGGUCGAAACAAGUGCGCUGGACCGAGAUUAGAGUAAUUAAGCAUCCACGUUCGUACGCUAGAGGAAUUCGUAGUUCCUGGAUCUGUUGGUUAAAGAUUCUCUCCGAGUGACAUAACCAGAAGGAUAGAAGUUCAAAGCGGAAACAGCGUGGCAAAUAUUUUUACUGGCCGACGGGUGGUAAACGUUGCCUCUGUUGGCGUUCCAGUAAUCGCUCGAAAUAGAUCUAAUUGCUCCAGAUUCUUGUUGACUGCGCGUGCUGGCCUGAAUUACACAAUAGGCCGUGUGCCGAACCCAUAUAACGAGUUGUUCAAUCAAAUUAUUAGCCUGUUGCUCCUGGGGGAAGGAAAGAGAACGAUAACCCACAUUUUCGAUACAAAGGAAUUCGUACGGGGAGAGAAAGGCAACGUUGCUACAUCUGUUCAGAUCGAGUUUUAUUGAGAUUUAAUAAACAUGUCGACGGCCAUUUAUGAAACACUCGUUGGUUGUCUGGCGUGUUUGAGCCUCGAGCCUCUUGCGUGCGAAAACUGCGCAACAGCCCAGGUAAACGAAGUAAAUGAUCUCCACGACGCUGAGGAAGCUGCAGCCGAGGAACAAGCUGAAGAUUCCACCGACCGAUGCUGAGACAUAAUACCUUUUUUUCUUUUUUUUCCUUCAAAGAACCUUAUUCCCGACGGAAUAAAAUAACAAGAGUGUUUAAACUAAAAAUACCUAAGAGAUAAGUUUCGUCAGCGGCUGAUAGGGUUAACAGUACUUCGUAGGACUGCGAAUACAUGUAGACUCUAACUAUAGCUUUCUUGUCUGAUGUAUUGCUGAGCAUAAAUGCGUUGGGAAUGGAAAGAAUUAACGUUUCUUUAAAUUAGAAUUUAGUUGAUAAAUUAAUUAGGAUUGAACUUACGAGGAGCUGGACUUCGUUAGAGAUAUUAAGUUAGGGUAUCCGUCGUAGUCUAUGUUUUUGCACGGAGUCCUACAUAAGCAGGUAAUAUUCUUGUUCUUGAUGUCUUUCACGAUGGCUAACAAUUUUGUAUUCUCCUUGAUGCAAGGUAGACGUUCUAUCUCACAACGCUGAAAAUCGAACAAAUUAUAAUGCGUGUGCAAUUCGUGUUAAGUGUGUGUGUGUGUGUGUGUGUG